GAGAGGCUCGCGCGCGCGGGGGGGCGGGACCAUGUCCGUGGUGGGGUUCGACCUGGGCUCGCAGAGCUGCUACAUCGCGGUGGCCCGGGCCGGGGGUAUCGAGACCGUCGCCAACGAGUUCAGCGACAGAUGCACCCCAUCAGUUGUAUCAUUUGGAUCCAAAAACAGAGCUAUUGGUGUUUCAGCUAAAAACCAGCAAAUUACUCAUGCUAACAACACAGUAUCUAACUUCAAGAGAUUCCAUGGCCGUGCGUUUGAUGAUCCUUUUAUUCAGAAGGAGAAAGAAAGCUUGAGUUAUGAUUUGGUUCCCAUGAAAAACGGUGGAGUUGGAAUAAAGGUGAUGUACAUGGAUGAGGAACAUUUCUUCAGUGUGGAACAGAUAACAGCUAUGCUGUUGACUAAGUUGAAGGAGACUGCUGAGACUAACCUAAAAAAGCCAGUAACAGAUUGUGUUAUUUCUGUUCCAUCAUUUUUCACUGAUGCUGAAAGGAGGUCUGUCCUAGAUGCUGCUCAGAUUGUUGGCCUAAACUGUCUGAGACUGAUGAAUGACAUGACAGCAGUGGCUCUUAACUAUGGAAUUUAUAAACAAGACCUUCCAGCUCCAGAAGAGAAGCCACGGAUCGUGGUGUUUGUUGACAUGGGACAUUCUGCAUUUCAAGUAUCAGCCUGUGCUUUUAACAAGGGUAAACUAAAGGUGCUUGGCACAGCCUUUGAUCCCUUCCUAGGGGGGAGAAACUUUGAUGAAAAGUUAGUUGAUCACUUUUGUGCAGAAAUAAAAGCAAAGUAUAAACUGGAUCCGAAAUCAACAAUUCGAGCUCUUCUUCGUCUAUAUCAGGAGUGUGAGAAACUGAAGAAGCUAAUGAGCUCUAACAGCACGGAAAUCCCACUUAACAUUGAGUGCUUUAUGAAUGAUAGAGAUGUGGCUGGAAAGAUGAACAGAUCCCAGUUUGAAGAAUUAUGUGCUGACCUCCUGCAAAGGAUAGAGGUGCCCUUCCAUUCAUUAAUGGAACAAACUCAGCUUAAAGUGGAAGAUGUGAAUGCUGUUGAGAUUGUUGGUGGAGCUACACGCAUUCCAGCUGUUAAAGAGAAGAUUGCAAAGUUCUUUGGCAAAGAUGUCAGCACAACACUGAAUGCAGACGAAGCUGUUGCAAGAGGCUGUGCUCUACAGUGUGCAAUUCUUUCUCCAGCAUUUAAAGUGAGAGAAUUCUCUGUCACAGAUGCAGUUCCAUUCCCAAUAUCUCUGAUGUGGAACACAGAAGCCGAUGACACUGAAGGGGUUUAUGAAGUGUUCAGCAGAAAUCAUGCAGCACCUUUCUCCAAAGUUCUCACCUUCUACAGAAAAGGUCCAUUUGAGCUAGAAGCUUUCUAUUCUGAUCCUAAUGGUGUCCCAUAUCCCGAGACAAAGAUUGGCAGAUACAUUGUCCAAAAUGUGGCAGCUCAGAAAGAUGGAGAGAGGUCUAAAGUGAAAGUUAAAGUCCGUGUCAAUACUCAUGGCAUUUUCAGUGUAUCUACUGCCUCAAUGGUAGAACAAGUUAAAGCUGAAGAGAAUGAAGCUCUCAGUGUGGAGACUGAAGUGGUGAUUGUGAACCAAAGGCCUCCAGAGAAUUCAGAUGAUAAAAAUAUCCAGCAAGACAACAAUGAAGCUGGAUCACAGUCCCAGGUACAAACUGAUGGUCAGCCAACUCCACAGUCUCCCCCUUCACCAGAACCUCCCUCUGAAGAAAACAAAAUACCAGAUGCCAAGAAAACAAAUGAGAAGAAAAGUGAUCAACCUCCAGAAGCUAAAAAACCCAAGAUAAAGGUGAAGAAUGUAGAGCUGCCUGUUGAAGCUAAUCUGGUCUGGCAGUUAGGGAAAGAACUUCUCAACAUGUAUAUCAAAACAGAGGGCAAGAUGAUCAUGCAAGACAAGCUGGAGAAGGAAAGAAAUGAUGCAAAAAAUGCUGUGGAAGAAUAUGUGUAUGAGUUCAGGGAUAAGUUAUCAGGACCAUAUGAAAAGUUUGUUUGUGAAGAGGAUCUUCAAAGAUUCUCUGCAUUCCUAACAGAGAUAGAAGAUUGGUUGUAUGAGGAUGGAGAGGACCAAGCUAAACAGGUGUACAUAGAUAAAUUGGAUGAAUUAAAGAAACUAGGUACUCCAAUUGAAAUGCGAUACCAAGAAGCUGUGGAGCGACCACGAGUAUUGGAAGAACUUGGACGCAAGCUUCAACACUAUGCCAAAAUAGCAGGAGAAUACAGGGACAAGGAUGAGAAAUACAUUCACAUUGAUGAAUCAGAAAUGAUAGAAGUAGAGAAAUGUGUCAAGGAAAUGAUGGAAUGGAUGAGUAAUGUUAUGAAUGCCCAGGCUAAAAUGAGCCCUGAUCAGGAUCCAGUUGUACAUGCAAGUGAAAUCAAAGCAAAGCUAAAGGAAUUACACAAUGUGUGUGAGCCAGUAGUGAUGCAACCAAAACCAAAUGUUGACUCUCCUAAAGAGGAAAAUCCAUUGAAUGGACCCAGUCUUAAUACAAAUGAAGGUAUUGAAGAAGAUAAAAAUAAUGCUGAAAUCCCUCAACAAAAUGGUGAUUGUCAUCCGAACGAUAAAAACACCACGAGCAUGGACUUGGACUAGACUACUGCAUUGUAUUGAGCAAUCUGAUCUCAUGAAAGGAAAAUAUUGUUGCUUUAGUAUGUGAUUGUGCAGGGGUAACAUAGUUCUGGGAACUAUUUAUAUUUUUUUUCAUAAGGUUGUCUGGAAUGUGGUGUAUGAUGGCGGGGCGGGGGAGUAAAAAGCUGAUCAUGACUACCAUAAAAGGCAAAAUUGACUUGGUAACUUUUCAGAUUCCUGUGGAAUUGUGAAUUCAUACUAAGCUUCUGUGCAGUAUUUAACCGUUAGCUUCAGUAAGGAUGAAAUCAGUUUUGCUAUGAUACUUACAAUCCUGGUGAAGGAGCAGUAACUGAAAUAGUCAAAGGCAUUUGUAGAUGCCAAGGUAGUUUUCUUCCAUUUGACCUCUGAUUUGGCAUAUCUGUAUAAAGCCAGUGGCUGUUCAAUUUACAAUGAACAAAAUAAACCUCCUGUCCUAAGCUUCAUUCUUUAUCACUGUCCUGUACCCUAGCUGACUAGUAAGAUGGUGAAAGGUGUUAAGUAGCAUGUUAAGUAGUAAUUUCAUCUUGUUAAAACAGUACAUUUUCAUGUGGAGAAAGCAAAAUGAAGGAGAUGCUGAUCCUGUUUGUCUUGUUGUGAAACCUUUUACUGAGCUUUAAUAAUAAAGUUCAUCUAACUGGUAUUUUCUAAAA